AUCACACUGGCAAGAGAUAGGUAAAAUUGCCAAGGUAAGAUUUUAAAUAUUUGUAGUAAGUAACUGUUGGAGCUCGCAGUUUUGAAGACUUCUCUUCCUUCCGGCUGAAUCGCAUACCACCGAGCACAACUUCAGCGUUAGCUCUUUAGCCAAGCUGUUGUUGGUUUCAUUCAGAUUUCACCUGGGGUAAAAUGUUGCUAUUUUCUGUAAAAUAUAAUACUGAGACCUAAUUGGUUUUCAAUUUUCGUCGUUUUUCCCCCCAGACAUUGCUGUCCCGGCGCUGUUUGGAUCAGUCUAACAUCUGAAACCCUUCCCAGAAGAAACACCCGGUCUAAACCUAUCGUACUGUAUCAUGCUGGCACCUGUCGGGACUAUGGGCACUGAGAGGGCGGCGUGUCCCAUGCUGUCUGUUCGGCCCAAUCGAGCACUGGUGGACGAGAAAUUUCAGAUUGUCAUAAUGAAUUUACUGCCAAAUCAAAAGGUGACGCUACACUCUUUACAUCAGUCAGAGGACAAGGACUUCUGGGAGGCAUUUGGACACUACAUCAGUGAUGAACAGGGGACAGUGACAGUGGCCAAAGAUGAAAGUUUGGGAGGGACCUAUGAAGGCACAGAAGAGAUGGGUUUGCUGUGGAGCAUGAGGCCCAUACCAGGAAGUCGACCUGGACUCAGGCUGCGUAAGAUGAAUAUGCUCACACCGAUGGUAGUUCACAUCUCAGUAUAUGGUGGACAUCUAUCUCAAGGAUUCAGGCAGCAAACACCACUGACAAGCAGUGUCAUUGAGCGCUGGUAUGUUGCACCAGGUGUUCAGAGGGAAAACAUCAGGGAGAACGGAGUACGAGGAACUCUACUUCUUCCUCCAGGUCCAGGGCCGUACCCAGGAGUGCUGGACCUAUGGGGAGGAGGUGGUGGUUUGGUUGAGUAUCGUUCUGGCUUGCUUGCAUCUCACGGCUUUGCCUCCAUGGCACUUGAAUACCUCGCUCCAGAAGAGCUGAGAACAGCUGAUGUCGAUGUGUCAUACUUUGAGAAAGCAUACCAGAUCCUGCAGAAUCAUCCGAAGGUACAGAGGGACCGUGUGGCAAUGCUUGGACUGUCUUUUGGAAGUGCCAUCACACUCAGUAUGGCAGCCUACUCCAAAGUCAUCGAGCUCCGGUGCUGUGUGUGUAUCAGCGGAAGUCACAUGUGUCCUGUAGAUAAAUCCAUCUUUGAAGUCUUUGAGGAAAUUAGAAAGUAUAGAAAUAGGGUACGUGUGAAUGAAGAGAACCAGGUAAUAUACAGAGACAUCAUCUUGCCCAUUCCCUCAGACCCAGCUCUCAAAGUGGAUGUUGGGAGAAUAAAGUGUCCUCUUUUGUUGGUGAAUGCUGAUGAUGAUCAGAACUGGGCUUCUGUUGAAUCUGCUGAAGAUAUGGAGAUGAUGAUGGAGAAAGCAGGAAAUCGACACCUGUUGACGGCCCUGACGUAUCCUGGCGCAGGUCAUCUGAUCGAACCUCCGUACUCUCCUCACGUCAGAGCAUCCAACUACAUCCUGCAGGAUAUGAAGGAGAAGAUUGUCAUGCUGUGGGGUGGACAGACGAAACCACACGCAUACGCUCAAGAGGACGCAUGGGAGAAGAUUUUAGCAUUUCUGCGGCAGCACCUAUACUUCACUUGAAGCUUUGCCGUAAAAGCCAAACUGUAGUUGUGUCAUCCUUUAUUUCAAAUAAUGCCAGCAUUUGUUGCUUUUCACUUUGGUAUCUGUAGGACAUAAAAAAUGGACAGUAAGUAUUGUAAUGAUGUAUAGAGAUUAUAAUGACAAUAGCUUAAAGCAGGGUAUUUUUUGAUGCACUAAUCCAACUUUUUCUGCAAAAUUGAUAUUAAUCCAUUAUCUAAUUUAAUUUUGAUUAAAAAAAAAGUAUUUUCCAAAGCGAUUAUUGUAAUUAUUACCUAAUUAUAGAAGGUAUAUAGCAAUGUGACAUUGUAAUGUAGGCUGAUUAACUUCAAUUGUAAUACGUUUGCUUUUUUCAAAGUUGCGGAUGAAUAAAUUUGCUAUGGGUUUUUUUUUUUCUAAUUACAAUUACAA